CGCCAAGCGCUCGCGGAUGCAGUGCGUCCGGGCAAAAGGACGCCCGGAGGUGCCUCGAGGCAGGACCUGAUCUGUGGGCUUGAAGGGUUAUAAAGUUGGGGACUGAGAACUUGUCUCUCUGCCACACUUAGGGGCAGGAUCUCGCUGCUGUGCCAGUGCUGGUACUACCGUCCUCAGCAUCUUUUAGAGUUCUGAAGGACGUGAGGGGACAGAGCCCGAAAAGUGCUCCCAGCUAUGAAGUCUUAUACUACAUAUUUCAUGCUCCUAUGGAGUGCUGUUGGAAUAGCAAGGGCUGCCAAAAUCAUCAUCGUGCCGCCAAUUAUGUUUGAAAGCCAUUUGUACAUUUUCAAGACGCUAGCAUCAGCCUUGCAUGAGAGAGGCCACCACACAGUGUUCCUUCUCUCAGAAGGCAGAGACAUUGACCCAUCUAAUCACUACAGCCUCCAGCGAUACCCAGGGAUCUUCAACAGUACCACCUCAGAUGCUUUCCUGCAGUCUAAAAUGCGGAAUAUUUUCUCUGGGAGAUUGACAGCAGUUGAACUGGUUGACAUACUGGACCACUAUACUAAGAAUUGUGACAUGAUGGUUGGCAAUCAAGCCCUAAUCCAGGGUUUGAAAAAGGAAAAGUUUGACCUGCUACUUGUGGACCCCAAUGAUAUGUGUGGAUUUGUGAUUGCUCAUCUUUUAGGAGUUAAAUAUGCUGUAUUUUCUACUGGCCUUUGGUAUCCUGCUGAAGUAGGAGCACCUGCUCCUUUAGCUUAUGUCCCAGAGUUUAACUCACUCCUCACAGACCGCAUGAACUUCCUGGAAAGGAUGAAAAAUACUGGCGUUUACCUCAUUUCCAGAAUGGGGGUUAGCUUUCUGGUUCUUCCCAAAUAUGAGAGGAUAAUGCAGAAGUACAACCUGCUCCCUGCGAAGUCCAUGUAUGAUUUGGUUCAUGGGUCGAGCCUGUGGAUGUUGUGUACUGACGUAGCACUGGAGUUUCCAAGACCCACCCUGCCUAAUGUUGUGUAUGUUGGAGGAAUCCUAACAAAGCCGGCCAACCCACUGCCAGAAGAUCUGCAGAGUUGGGUAAAUGGUGCUCAGGAACAUGGCUUUGUCCUGGUGUCUUUUGGAGCUGGUGUCAAGUAUCUGUCAGAAGACAUUGCUAACAAACUGGCUGGAGCUCUGGGGAGAUUGCCUCAGAAAGUGAUUUGGAGGUUUUCUGGAACCAAACCAAAGAAUCUAGGAAACAACACUAAGCUCAUAGAAUGGCUGCCGCAAAAUGACCUGCUUGGUCAUUCAAACAUCAAAGCCUUCCUAAGCCAUGGUGGUCUGAACAGUAUUUUUGAAACCAUGUAUCACGGUGUUCCUGUGGUGGGAAUUCCACUUUUUGGAGACCAUUAUGAUACCAUGACUCGAGUACAGGCAAAAGGCAUGGGGAUCUUGUUAGAAUGGAAAACAGUGACUGAAGAGGAGUUGUAUGAUGCAAUGGUGAAAGUUAUCAAUAACCCGAGCUAUCGGCAGAGGGCUCAGAAGUUAUCAGAAAUUCAUAAGGAUCAACCAGGCCACCCAGUCAAUCGGACUACUUAUUGGAUAGACUACAUUCUUCGCCAUGAUGGAGCCCAUCACCUCCGCUCGGCUGUGCAUCAGAUUUCUUUCUGUCAGUAUUUUCUGUUGGAUAUUGCCUUUGUGCUUUUGCUUGGUGCUGCCUUGUUCUACUUCAUUUUGUCCUAUGUGACAAAAUUUAUCUAUAGAAAAAUCAAAAGUCUAUGGUCUAGAAAUAAGCAUAGCCCAGUUAAUGGACAUUACCAAAACGGAAUCCCCAAUGGCAAAUACAAAGGAAAUGGCCAUAUUAAACACGAGAAGAAGGUAAAAUGAGCCAACAGCCCAGGUUAUGGAACAAAUCUGUUCAGUCAUUGAGUUUGUAUUGCUAUACUUUAGUCUAACAGCUACCAAAGCUAAAUGUCAGCAAACAAUUCUAAUACUCCUCAUCAGACUUUACUAAUGAAAUGCCAUGGAGAAGAUAUCUGUAAAGAGCACAACCCUAAAUGCAAAAAUGUAUUUCAUUCAAAUACUGAUGCAGAAAGUUGGCACUGAACCAUUUAGAAGCCUUAAUUAUUGAAGUCAAUUAAGUGAUUGUGUCAGACCUUAGUUUUAAAUGUUACAUGUGUAUUAUAGGUGAGGAAUGGUGUCUUUUCUUUUAAUAAUAUGUGUGUGUGUGUGUGUGUGUGUUUCCUAUUCCUAUGUCAGUGAGUUUUAGCUUGUAUUUGUUGAAAGUACAGCGUAUUCAGGAAUGGAGUAGGAAAAGACAGGACCCAAAUGUUUCUCUGCUGGUGUUUAACAUAUGUGCACUUCAAAUUCUACCUUCAAAGACUGUUUCCCUCAAAACUCCACGCAAAGGGACAAGAGAAAAGAUGGGUGGCACAAUUUUUGUAUUCUUGUUUAUUAUGGAUUUUUUUAUUUGUUUGUUUUGUAUAUGUCCUUUUCUUACUGACUAUGGAUGCUUGUGGAGGAAAACGUAAUGUUGUAAAUGAGGGAAUUGGUUUUCACAGGUUUCUUAGGAUUUUCUCCCACCAAUGAUUUUUCUCUGGAGGAAUUCUCUAAUUGUCUUGUUUUAGUAAAUAACAUGUCAAUGCAGAAUUAAGACAAAGCAACAGAGCUCUUAGUUUUGUUCAAAGUAUGGAAGAUUGUUGUUUCCAUGGCCCUUGGAAGCAGGCUCAUUGUUUGAGUGUUUAUGUGACUUCUGGAUAGUCUACGUUUUGAAUAUUCAGGCAUCACUGUUCUGAAAUUCUAACUUUAAAAUAGCACCUGUUGUUCCUUUUAUUGUCUGAGUCACACAAUCUAGUACAUAGGUGCCAACGUAUAAUUCUUCUAAGCAGAACACUUGUGAUUCUCCUGAUUGGUACCUGCUUUGUCUGCAGCGGUUCGAAGUUUUCUCAACAAGUCAAACUUCUCAUUCUACACAGAAGUGACAGGAAUUGUACCACCCAUUUGUGCAAAUGAGUUUCCAUUCCCUCACUCCAUUAACGCAACUCAGAAGCCUUUAUGUCAUUGUGUCUGACAUGGGACAGUGACAGUAUUCAUUUGGAACAGGGAGAUGGGUCACAGCCUUCACAAAAUCAGGACCUCCCUGUUGAGCCUCUUACUAGAUGACAACUGUAGGCCUGUUCCGUGUCAUUCUGUUUACUGGGCAUUUGCACUACACAUGCGGAGUGUGUGCUUUAUUUAUUUGUGGUUGGAAAUCCCACAUUUGACACUUGAGAGUAGAGAAAUGAAAUAUUAAUGUCAUUCACUAACACGGAAGAGUUGUGAAAAAUCUAGAAUGCUGUAAAUCCUUGUCAUACACGAUGACAUACAACUCUAUGACACUCCCACCAGGAGCCACUCUCAUAUACGUAGAAGUAAUAUCAUCAGUAGUUUUCUGAUGCACAAUGCAUAAAAUGUACUGCUUUCUGGAUACUUGAAGAAAUGGUAUAUAAAUAUAUAUAAACCUGUUAGUUCCACCUUUUCACAAUCUUAUCACAAUAUUGCCGUUAAAAGGAAAAAAGACAGGCAAUGAAUGGUGGGAUGGUCACAGGAAAUAGAGUGUAUGAAUGAGUUGAUUCUACGUGUUGGCAUUUGAUGAAGUUGACAAUAGGCACUAACUGGAUGAAUAAGCCUAAGUUAAUUUCCACUGUGAUUUAAAAAAAGACUUAAACAAUAAACAAAAUUGAAAAUAGAGCAAUGUUGUUGGAAUAAAAUUUUUAUUCAGAUUUUGUUUCACAGUAUUAUAUAUAGGUACAUUUAGAUAUAAACAUGUUUCUAAGGCCUCCCUACUUUUGUAUGUGUAUAUGGGUGUGAAAAAUGUAUUAAAUGUGAAAAUAUAUUUAAUAAAAAUUAAAUGCAGGGAUUUAUUAUUUCAAGUACAUCAACAUUAAUCUUUAAAUUUUAUACGAGAAUUAAGAAUGUUAAGUACAAUUCUUAAUUAUCAUUUCUUUUUUAUUUUGUCUUUUAUUAUUUUUGUUGUUGUUAUUCUCCUCUACACAACCCCUACUCUAGACUCUCAGGAAGCCUAUUAGCCUGUUUUAGUAAACAGGCUGACUUAAAAUUAUCUAUAUUUAGGCCAACUUCUCUCAUGAAGUAAAUUUUUCAAAAAGAUGUUUGUUCACUUACUUUUAAGAAAGUCUGUGACAGCAAGUGCUCUGUAGUUGGUUUCAUCAAAUGACAAUUGGUUUUUUUCCCUUCUAAGUCAAUAACUUCGUAGUAUCUCACCAAUAGCAGAAGGCAAGGAUUUUGAUAACCCAGACUGGAAAGAGCUCAUGUUUGAGUAGGAAACAACACUAUUAAUUAACUUGAAAGAAACUAGACACCUCCCUCAAAUCUCAGCCUCUCACUAAAUUCUAAAUUACUAUGAAAAUUGAACUAUUCCACAUAAAGAGCACCUUGAGACUGGUAUAUGACUCAUGAUGAAGAUUUACUCUCCAGAACUCCUCAUCCCACCCUAUCCCAAGAAGAACCAACAUAGGCUGAAAAACAACCUUGAGUCAUAAUUUAGCAAUUUGUUUUAUUGAAAGUAUAGCUAAUUCAUUUUUUCAUUCUUUCUGCUGAAAGUAGUUCAAGUUUGUAAAUGACACAUUUGACAGUGUUUACCAUCAUCAACAAUCAUAUAAAGGAGAAAACUUUCAAAUCUUGUAAGUUAAAGUAGGAAAUUACAGAAAUUCUGUGGCUGAAACCCCCUCAAAAUAUGCCUUACAGAAUUUCUUAUUCAGCUUUUGAGAAGACGACGUUAGCAAGCUAUUAAAGAAGCGUGUUGUGUGUAAAUAUGCUGCUCAUAUUUUUGGUAGACUUAGAUAAAUUUUUUUGAAAUAUUUUAGUAAGAAGUUAUUGAAUUUCACACAGUCAAACCUUCCACACCAUUAUUUAGCUGAAAACUCCAAAGUGUUUUGGGAUUCCAGCUGCUUGGGUGUUUGUGGAGUGAAUUUAGGAAUUUACUAAUAGAUGGUAGCACAAUGUGGGUAAUAUUUUUUAAUUAUGCAAAUUAAAAGGCUCAUGCUAGUUUUAUCCGGCUCUUUCUUUGGGAUGAUUAGAUAUGUGCUGUGAAAGAAUUCACAUUGUUGUCUGAAAAUCUGAAUGGUAUAAUAAAACAAGAGUUCUUAGAGUAUAAUCCCUGUUCCAAAUGAUGAAUCACAAUUACAUGCAAAUUCCUACUAUAAUUUUAAA